AUGGCGACAUUAGAACUUGAAUCUAUGCAAUCCGCACUCAAUAUGCCGAGCGAGAAAAGUCCGCACGACAGCCGCUUUGGUUUAACUUCGCCGUGGGAACACUACUAUCAGCCUUCCGACACCGCCACUCAAGGUCGGUUUGAAUGCGAUCUGGAUGAAAUGGUCGUCUUUGGCGACAUUCCCAAGGAGAUUAGCGGAACCUGGUAUCGGAUGCUCGUCGACCCUCAUUCUUGCCCCCAGGUUGGAACUCCCUUUGUUGAUGGGGAUGGACAUGUCUGCGCGUUUCGUAUCCAGGAUGGGAAAAUCUCUAUGAAGAUCAAGUACAUACAUACCGAGAGGUGGCUUCUGGAGCGCAAAGCUGGUCGCCGCUUAUUUGGUCGCUACAGGAAUCCUUUUGACAAUCACCCAUGCGUCCGUCUUGCGAACGACACUACUGGAAAUACAAAUAUCAUUUACUGGGGUGGUAACCUCCUGGCUCUCGCUGAGAGGGGAUUACCGUACGCUUUGGACCCUGAUACACUCGAGACACGGGGCCCAGAUCCCUACGGUGGGCAGACAAUUGCCAAAACAUUUACUGCGCACCCCAAAGUUGACCCUCACAAAAAUGAGCUGUUCACUUGGAGCUACUCUGCCAAGGGCCUCAGCUCCCCUGAUAUCUGCACGUACACAAUUGAUCCCAGUGGCGUUAUCGCGAACGAGCACUGGUUCAAGCAGGACAAGCCUGGCUGGCCACAUGACGGCUGGAUCACAGACAACUGGAUCAUUCUGUCAAAUAUGCCAUUUGGUGUGAACAGCGAUGAGGUGAUGAAGGCUGGUGGCGACUACUGGACUUAUGUGCCGGAUCAACCGUCUGAAUUUAUUGUUACUCCACGCUACGCAAAUGUACCAUGUCAUCCAGACUGGAAGCCUGGCGAGUUUCGAAAGUACAUUGCUCCUCAUGGUCUGAUUAUUCACACCGGAAACGCAUGGGAGGAGGAAGGUGGAAUUCUGAAACUAGACAGCCACUUUGUUAGCUUCAACGUCUUUCACUUCUUCAACCCGAAGGACUAUCAGGAAAGCAAAGCGAAGCCUAGUGGCGAUUGGCUUCGAUGGACUGUUGACCUCUCCCAGCCCAGCGGAAGUUCCUUGUCACCACCAGAAACGCUAUUAGAGGGUAUCUUUGACUUCCCCAUAUAUGACGAGCGAAUGACGGGACGCAAGACUAAGAUCGUGUAUCUUACUGGCAUGAUGGCCCCGGACAAAGGCUUUCGACCUCAAUUUAAUGCAAUCAUCAAGUUUAACACGGAGACUGGCGAAAAAUCUACUUUUUAUGCAGCUAAAGAUGGGGGAGUUACAGAACCAGCAUAUAUCCCGCGAGGACCAGAUUGUGAGGAAGGUGAUGGCUGGAUUAUAUUCUAUAGCCAAAGAGACUCUUUGCCUAUGGGAGAACUCGUGAUCCUAGAUACGAACGAUUUUUCAAAGCCAGUCGCCAUUGCGCAGUUGCCUUUUCGGACUCGCAACCAGGUCCAUGGCAAUUGGGUUCCAAAUCCGCAUCCCGGGACACCUCUGCCGUUGAUGACAGGCCCUAUAAAGAAUAUCAUUCCCAGCACGAAGUACUCCCAGUUAAAUAGGCUUCCUUAA